AUGGCUUCUUCCAAGGAAAUCCAACAUUCCUCCAGGCCUCUGAGCCAACACCGCCUGUCAAUGUCUACAUACUCUGGCUCCCUUCCUAAAUCCCAUUCACGAAAUCAUUCACACUCGGUAUCUUCGGGCUCUCUUAUCACAAGCCACAGGGUGACACGGCGGAAGAGUGUGUCCUCGAAUGCCAGUAAUGUCGCAGCCAUGGUAGCCGCAGUCAGGGACGCUGGAGAUACCACCUUGGGCAUGCCAAUUACUAAUCGCCGAAAUACAAUGUCGAAGAACGCCUCGGCCAGGUCUGCGGCUCUUGGUAGUCUUCCGUCACCACCCGCGAGCUUGCCAGGACACAGGAUUCGAUUGACCUCAACUGGUAAAUCGGACAGGAGCGAGAGCGCCAUUGACGACGAGCAGAAUGAUGAAAUGGAUGACGAUGAAGAGACGGCAUUCAAACAGUCCCGUAUGAGACGAGCUAGCGAAGGUCAACACUUGAUGAAGGACGGCAAAAAAUCCAACGGCAGUGAACUCAAAUGUGGGACGUGUGGCAAGGGAUAUAAGCAUUCGAGCUGUUUGUCUAAGCAUUUAUGGGAACACACGCCUGAAUGGUCUUACACUUCCAAAUUGCUUAUUUCUAAGCACCAGCAAGUCCAACUUUUGGAAGCAGCCUCAGUGCUACUGACGAUGAACGAAGACGGCACAACUCCACCCGACUCUGCAAAGGAUUUCCAAAGCGACCAGGAUUCGGCGAGUCCUGCUGCAUCAGGCUCUUCCGAACAGCAUGAUGGCACGAGCUCCGCGGACACGACCCCUCCACCACAAGCUGACAUUUUCAAUACCUACAGCAGCGGCAGACAACACAAGCGGUACAGCAGUGGGCACACGUUUUCGCGUAGUUAUCAAUCAGCGCCAUCGGCAAACCUUCUUGCUGGAGGUAGUGUGCCCAAUGGAUCCGGGUUUGGCCAUUAUCGUCAACCUAGUGGCGAGCGUCGUCCGUUGAGCUCGGGCAUCAGUCGCAGCAAUCAAGAGGAUGAAGGCCUCGCCGCGGCCGUCGAGCUUCUCUCAUGCAGCUUCGGAUCGACCGGCACACCCAGAACUGUGCCAGUCACUCUCCCUCUCGAUGCUCCUCCAGUGCCUCUCAUCCCUACUCAAUAUUUGAGCCAGUCCAACUUUUCUGGUUCGACCCUGACUCCAAGCCAACACCCUCGCCAGACUGAGAGUUACACCCGCAACCGAGUCGAGCUUGACGGCGAUAUUAAGAUGGAAAAUGAGUCCGUUGCUGAUGAUGACGAAGAUUACGAUCGACGAAGAUCUGACGAGGACGAUGACGGAGUAUUCGGUCGGAUGGAGGAAUGA